AUGACAGAUGCAUUUGUGGAUAUUCCAUUCCGGGCACUUCAGCGUGUAAGAGUAUUCAAUAAAACCGAUGCGGCAUUGUACGACGGUGUAUGUCCAUCAUGGAUUGCUGUCUCAUCGCGAUAUGGGAUUAUUGUUUGUGCUUUUGGUUGUGAUAAGUUAAUAUCUUUAAGAAGCAGCGAUGUUUAUCGACCAAAAAGUAAAGGAGACAUCAAUGUAGAAGUGACUGAUAUCCAGACGAAAGUAACUAAUCUUCAAGUUGAACAGCCUGUUGCAUUGACUGCACUAGCUUGUAACUGCUCAGGUCGUCUGUUAUCUGUUUCAAUGCGAACAGCAUUUGGAGCAUUUGUAUAUCUCUACGAUAUGUGUGCAUUUGCUGUCGACUAUGUUGAGCAGCGAGGUCCCGUUUACAGCUUGCGACUUUCUGUUGAUCCGAAUGCCCAGCCUUGUGUCUUAAAAUGGAACCCACAACAGGAUACCGUAUUUGCUGUUGCUACGUCCGAUGGCGUGUUAUCCUGCUAUUCUUUUGAUAUUGAGAAAUCAUCUUCGGUGACCUUGAUUGGUACAGUUAAACAUGAUAGUGUUGUAACCUGUAUAGGAUGGAGUCCAAAGGGAAAGCAAUUGGUCGUAGGCGAUAUUGCGGGUUAUAUAAAACAGUAUAAACCUGAAAUGGCAUUGGUGCGCGUGAUACCACCUCCUUUGAAAGAUAAAAGCCAUAUCCUGCGUUGCGUCGGAAUCAGUUGGCUUGCAACUACUGACUUUCUCGUUGCCUAUUCCUCCAGGACAGGACAAGAAGUAGAUAUAACCAAGUUAUGUGUGAAAAAGGAUAUACCUCCCCAGUGGACACAUUUCGAUGAUAUUAACUUCUGUGGCGACAAGAGCACUUUCGAUCAACGAAUUGAAUUUACAGAACUGUUGAAUUGGAAAUUAGUAUUGUGCGCUUCAUCACGAUCCAGUGAGAUAUCAGUGCUAGGUAAAAUCGAUUCUGAGUGGAAAGUUUGGACUUUAGAUGAUAAUGGACGAAUUGAAGUGCCUCUUGACUCUGAACAUCGUGAAACUUUUCCAGUUGGUGUUUCUAUCGACAUAUCAUCAGUCUUUCCUGUUAAAAUUGGUGACGAGGGCAAUUCGGAGCAUCCUCCUUGUCCUACAGUCCUGGUGUUAUCGUCUCAUGGAGUUCUUCUUGCCUUCAGUGCGUUGUCGUCUCGUGCCGAACACCAAAACAUUAAUAUACGUCCGGAAGAUUUACCAUCAAAAAUUUACGGGGCGAUAACAACAAAGGCUGAUGUAACGCAGAAUGAGCAUUCAUAUAUUAGUUCGCCAGAUACGAUAUGUCAAACUGUUUCAAUGCUUGAUAAUUCCAUUCCAAAGCAGAAUGUUUCUCAGUUGCAAGUGGAAGCAAAGAUAAAGACGUCUCAGACUGUACAGGCAACAACAGUGUCACAAUUACACGAAGUUUUGCCUUGUAGUAAAGUACAAGAUUCAACAGUUCCACAGCAAAUGCGGGAAAAUCAUGCACAACACCAACGGUUGAAAACGGGAACGCAUUUGAUUACAGAAUUACGGGAAGAUUUUCGAAAAAAACUUAUCAAUUUUGAUAAACAGUUCUUCGAACUUUGUGAACAAAAUGAUUGGCUUCAAAAUCUGAAAAAAAGUUCUGCAAAACAUUUAAAGUGGAAUAAUGAUAUAAAUUUGGAUGAUGAAAUGUCGGAGUUGGAGAAAGUUCGAACAACUGUAGCAUCAUGGCUUGAUGCUUUGGAGAAUCAGGUGAAAGAGAGUAUGUGUGCAGUUGAAGAACAGUUGGGAAUUGCAAAUAGUACCGAUCGAGAACUGUUUGACAGCAGACGGAUGUUAGAUUUCAACAAUAUGCAUCGCUUGGAUAAGCUAACAGCAGCCUUAACGAAACUGGAACAGAAAAUCGCAAAUGUGGAAGAUGUAUUGACAGAAAUACCAACAUGUAAUACAAAAAACAGAUCAGUUUUAACUUUGGACAUUAAUCAAGAACAACAGAUUACCAUGACUGCAAAGAAUAUCUGCAAAGGAAUGGCUUUACGACGGAAAGCUUUAUGUGAAUUGCAACAACGGGUUACAAAUUUAAGUAGUCGAUUAAAAUCAUUGAAAAAAGACCAAAGAACGGAUAAAAUUUUUACUUCAACAAGGUCAUCGCUUUCAAAUUCAUCAUUUAAUUAUCAGAGUUGCAACGAAGAAUUAACAAGUAUGGGAGCUGCUACUGUUCAACAACAAAGAGAACUGUUGAAAUUUUUGAUCCAACGUAAUCCUGUGAAACCGUCAAAAGCAAAAAUUGUUGUGCUUGAUAUACAUUCACAUGAAUCUCGUGAAAGAAUACCGAAUUCAACUACAACAGAUAUUGAAAAUCGUUUGCUUGAAGCAGCAUUAAUGCCAAUAAAAACUCCUACAAAAUUCGUUAUGGAUAUUGGAACGCAGUCGUCCGAUUAUUUAUUUUCCAAAGAAACGAAAUCGCCCACAGAGAUGGCAACUUCAAAUCCCGUCGUUCCUGUAAGUUUUAUGUCUGCGGGGUCUGGUAAACCUCCAACAAUCCAAGCACGUUAUAUUCUGUUCAAUCAGACACAAAAGCUAGCUGAAUCGGCUGUCAGUUCAUCGACAACUUUACCUCCUUCCUCCAUGAAUUUGAGCAGCUCUACUACAAUUCUACCAACCACUUCCAGCUCUUCUGCAACAGACACAAUUGUUAAACAGCUUCCUGCUGGGGAAUCAUCCACGAAUGUUCCAAAAACAGUAGCGAUAAAUCAAGAGCAGAAUGGUGAUAUUACAUUUUCAUUUAAAAAUUUGGAUACUCCAUCAGCAGCAAAGAAUGAUAUUUCUUCUCGAGAAACCACAUCCUGCAGUAACAUUACGCCGAGCAGACGUGAUUAUGUCAGUUAACCUUUGCCAUCAAACAGUUCUAUGAGUAAUCUUGCCGCUGUCCGACCAGUUCGACAAGUGACUUCUACUGCAACACGCAAAAUUUUUUCAAUGAAAAACAAUGAAACUGACUCGGGAUCAGUUGGAUCUGCUACAACAUCUGAACCAUUGACAAAUGUUUCUGUGGCUGCAGCUCCCAGUUCAACAGAAACUGAUAGAACUUUAGCGCAAAACUCGGAAAUCUCAAGGACGAGCAAUGAAUUGACAACAACAGAUUCAACUGCCUCAAUGGCAAUUUCCAAAACAUCAGGUUCCGAAACGAAUGUAUCGUUCACCUUCGAGUUACCAGCUGUAGGAAAUCAACAGACAACAUCUGCUGCAGAUGGCUCAGUAAGUGGUGAUACCACAAACGCAACAACUGUGGAGCUGCAAUCAAAAGAUUUGGAUGUUAUAGGUGACGACGGAAUAAUGGAAGCAGAAGGUACUUCAACUGCUCCGACAACUCUGUUCUCAUCAUCAUUAUCUUUUGGUUUGGGAAGUACUGUAUCCAAUACAAAUGCGAUACAAAACGUUUUUGGUUCUGGACUCAAAUUUUCGUCAUCUUCACAACCUCAGACAUCCUCAUUAUUUGGUAGUGCUGCUGCUGGAAACAAAAGCACCUCAGUAUUUGAUUCUGGUGGUUCAGCAACAUCUAGGGGUGGAUUCUUCAGCCGAACGCAGCAGUCGAAUGCAACAUCGUCAACGUUUUCUUUUAGUUCGGCAACUAAUUCGCUUAAUUCCUCCGGUCUUUUUAGCUCAAAACCAACGACUGGUGGUACUACAUUUGGCGGUGCACCAUCAUUUGGUUCGAAACCAGCAUUCGGAUCUCCAUCACCUCUUGUUUCAGCAUUUGGUCAGCAGCGUUCUCAAAAUGCUGCUUCUACAGCUACUGGAUUUUCUAACUUUGCCAAAACCAGUACUGUUGGAUUUGGUUCACUGGCUGCAAGCCAACAGCAGCAAUCAUCUGUAUUUGGUGGAAGUGGAUUUGGUGCUCUAGCACAGCAACCCCAAAAAAACUCAAUUUUUGGUGGAGGCCUAAAUUCAUCUGUAACUAACAGGAAACCUUUGGUUGUGACACAAUCAACACUACGAUGGAAUGCAUUCAAUGAGAUCCUAAUAACUGCCCGCAGUUCCACGAAUAAGCUCGUUGAUAUUGGUGUGGAAAUUCAUGCUUCUCACCCUUCUCUCUUAAUCUUUCGACAAACAUUACAGGCGAAAGUUGCUGGGUCAUUGAAUCGUGUCAAGUUUUUUGUACCGGGUGGAACAGCGCGGUCCGAUUCUUAUCGAUUAGUUGUUCGUGCUGAGAAUGACAGUGAAUCAUUUGAGGAAAUAAUACCGGGUGCACCCGAUCUGAGGAAUAUUUAUUUACAGACCGAUAAAAUCGUUUAUAAGCCAACUGAUACUGUUAAAGUACGAGCGUUGCCACUUACCACAAGCGGAAAGUUAUACGAUGAAUCAGUGGAUUUUGCACUUGUGAAUCCGGAUGGUUUUGAAAUCAUACAUAAAACCAGAUCAAUUUCUAACAAUCGAUUUCUUGCUGUAGAAUUUCAAUUACCAGACCAUUUGGUUUUUGGAGAAUGGAAAAUUGUGGCACGACCGGAUCGUCAAAAGCCAUACAUCUAUUCAAUUACAUUUCAAGUGCAAAAAUAUGAGCUAUCGCCGUUUCGCGUUGAUCUUCUGGCCAAGGAAACUGGCGAUCUUGAUUUGUAUGAAAUAGAUGUGCUAGCAAGGCAUGCUAAUGGCCGACAAAUAUCAGGACAAGUAAUGAUUUGGUGCGAUUGUGAUGGGAAUAGUAGUCACUCAGUGAUAUCGUCCGAUUCGUUAAAGUCAUUUCAAUGCAUCCUGAAAUCGUCCAAGGUUGCUUUUAUUUAA